GGAGGAGAAAUCACCGGGACUGCUGCCCGAACUCCGCCUCGAAGCUCUUGCAUCCAAGGCGUGCAGAGAGGAGCACUUGCCCGCAUCUGCAUCGUGCUGCAGGGUUCCGAAUGACCUAGGUAUGACCCUAACGUGGGGACGGAGCUGGCAUCCAUGGCUUCCCUGUUCCCUCGUAGACUCAGUACUGUGAAUCUGUCCAUCGAACAUCCCCUCAACCUGCCCGGGUCAUCACCACCUGCUCAGUCAAUUACUGUCACUCGGACGGGAUACCGUCGCUAAGACAUCCCCUCAUAAGAACCACAAGCACACACCAUCAACACACUUCGAACCAGGGCAUUCUUUUUUUUCUUCGCUACCAUGAGUGCCGCUGACGAGGAUUACGACGAGUUGAUCUAUCACGUCCCCAAGCAAAAAAAGCCUCCAGCUGGUCUGGACAAAAUGGGUGCCGCAAUUUCAGUGUGGCCGCCCCUGGGCCAGGUCACCCAGGUCCAAAAGGGCAGCAUUGGGUUCGUCGUACUUCUUGAGGUCCCAGCCGACCAGGCCAACCAGCCAUGGGAGGUUGCACUCUGGCAUUCGGCAGGAGGAGACUGGAACGAGACUAUGCUGUCCCCAGCUGAGAGGACGCCAUCCACAUUGCAGGCCCCUGACGAGUCGGUAUCUCGCACCUGGUUCCAGGGCACCAUUCCCAUCACGUCUCUCCUCAACUUCACCGUCAAGUAUCGCUCUGGAUCGGGCCAGGAAUGGUGUUGGAUCCGGGAUGGGCAUGGUGUGGGCGAUGGUACCGUCAUUCUCAAAUCCGAUCUGACGACCGAGGCUCUUUCAGACGACUUUGGAAAGAUCCUGAAGGGCUACGAUCCCAAUAUUACCGUCAAACCCUGCCAGUCUCAGUGUCCUGGGACGCGAUUGUGGGCUCUGGAGGCCAGUGUGGAAGCCGCUAAGGGGGAGCAUUCUACCUUCACUGACUUUAAUCUGGGCUUGCCAUGGGGAGGUUUCCUCCGAUGGUUCUCCCUGAUCCGCAUCUGGGCACCGUGGCUCGCACCGAGGCACGGCAAGACCAAGUUCGAACUUGACAAGGACGCCGUUCUCUCAGCAUUUGUCAGCUCUGAGGGCCAACACCUUGUUCUGCUGGCCGUCAGUGGUAUCAACGAUGUGAUGGCCCUGUUCCGAAGUGACAAAUCAGGAAAUGUCCAGCUACAUCUGCGGAACGAUGGCGAAAAGGCCGAGAAAACGCUCGUUCUUGCUGCAGUCGGCCAUAACUUUGAAAGUGCGAAUGCGGCCGUCAUGUACCAUGCUCGGCAGGCCGUUGCUACAAGUAAGAGGCUAAGUGGGGAGCUUGAACAAGAGAUGAAAGCUCUUCAAGAAGGAGUCAAGCCGGAGUGGAUGGAGAACUGGUACGACGGACUAGGAUUCUGCACCUGGAAUGCGCUUGGCCAGAGACUCACGGACGAGAAAGUCCUUCAUGCGGUCGAUGAGUUGACCAAGCAUAACAUCAAGAUAACGAGCUUGAUCAUAGACGACAACUGGCAGAACAUCGAUUAUCGUGGCGAGGGCCAGUUUCAGUAUGGCUGGAACGACUUUGAAGCCGAGCCCAAGGCUUUCCCCAAUGGUCUCAAGGACGUGGUCACCAAGAUCAGGAACAAGCAUCCCCACAUUCAACACGUCGCAGUAUGGCAUGCGCUGCUCGGAUACUGGGCAGGUCUGAGUCCCGAUGGAAACCUUGCCAAGAAAUACAAGACCGAGGAAGUUGUGCGCGAGGAUCAGAAUCGUAGGUGGCUACCUCUUGGAGGCAAGAUGACGGUGGUCGGCAAGGAUGAUGUGCACAAGUUCUACAAUGACUUUUACAAGUUUCUUUCCGACUCUGGUAUCGAUGGUGUCAAGACCGACGCUCAGUUUAUGACGGACACGUGGGUGUCUGCGAAGGCGCGCCGAGAGCUGAUCACGGAGUACCUCGACGCCUGGACAAUAUCAUCUCUUCGGCACUUCAGCAUUAAAUCGAUCAGCUGCAUGUCUCAGACUCCAGAGAUCUUGUUCUACUCCCAGCUGCCCCGGAACAGGCCUGCAAUCCUUUGCAGGAACUCAGACGAUUUCUUUCCAGAGAUCCCAUCCUCUCAUCCUUGGCACAUAUGGACCAAUGCGCACAACAGUCUGUUCACACAGCAUCUGAACAUUCUACCUGACUGGGACAUGUUCCAGACCGUUCAUGACUAUUCCGGCCUCCACGCUGCGGCUCGUUGCGUUAGCGGAGGCCCGAUCUACAUUACCGAUGUGCCAGGUCAGCACAACAUCGAUCUCAUUAACCAGAUGACGGGCAUCACUCCGCGUGGCAAGACCGUAAUUUUCAGACCCAAUGUCCUGGGUCGUAGCAUCGAUCAAUAUGUUGGCUACCAUGACGACUCUUUGCUGAAGGUCGGCUGCUACCACGGCAGGGCAGUCACAGGCACGCCCAUACUCGGGGUUUUCAACAUCUCUGCUCGGAAGCUCACAGAUAUCAUCCCUCUCGACAGGUUCUCGGGGGUCUUGCCAUCGUUGCAUUACAUUAUCCGGGCUCAUACGACCGGGCUUAUCACUACGCCCGUCCAGAUCAGCCACCCAAGCUCGAAGCUGACAGUCUCCUUGGAUGUCAGAGACUACGAGAUCUUCACGGCCUUCGCGUUGUCUCCCUUUGAAAGUGACAGUUUAGGUCGUGUACAGGUGGCUAAUCUGGGUCUGAUUGAGAAGAUGACCGGUGCUGCGGCUAUUGUCUCGAGCGAGUCGGAUUAUUUGGAGAACGGGAGGGUGCUGGUCGACACUCGCCUAAAGGCCCUAGGCGUUCUGGGCAUCUACAUCUCCAAGCUGCCGGACAUGAGCCUGAAUGACGAUUUCAUGGUCACGAUUCAAGGACAGGUGAUCCCUCCUCACACGGUUUCGAUCAACAAGACUUCUGGCUCAAUCCUUGAGAUUGACGUUGAGAAGGCUUGGAAUGAGCUAGGCCUGAAGCCGGGCUGGAGCAAUGAGGUCGAAGUAAAAGUCUAUUUUAGCAUUGAGAAGUAAGAGAUGCCCACAGCCUGUCAUAGCUGACUUGAAUACAUGAUUCGUAUUACACGAC